AUGAUGAUGAAUGGUGGGAGAAAUUCCAACAAUGAGAAGGCAAGAAUUGCAGAAAACUAUAAUAGACUCUAUUCAGAGUUUUGCUCAGAUCAAAUCAAAGAAGUUGGUAACUAUACAAUUAUUAAGCAAAUUGGUGAAGGGUCCUUUGGGAAAGUAUACUUAGCUAAUCAUAAAUUGACACAUACAAAAGUUGUUUUAAAAACUGGUAACAAAACUGAUCCAAAUCUUGUCAGGGAAAUAUAUUACCAUAGACAGUUCAAACACAUUUACAUCACGAGAUUAUAUGAAGUUGUUGUUAGUGAAGGUAUGAUAUGGAUGGUUUUAGAAUAUUGUCCUGGUAAAGAGUUAUAUGAUUAUGUUUUGGGUUGUGGAAGAAUACCCAUUGAAAAUGCUAAAAGAUUAUUUGCUCAAAUAACGAGUGCUGUAUUCUAUGCACACUCAUUGAACUGUAUUCAUCGUGACUUGAAAUUAGAGAAUAUUUUGUUGGAUAAAAAGAAAAAUGCUAAAUUGUCAGAUUUUGGAUUUACCAGAGAAUGUGAGCAAAGAAACUUCCUAGAGACUGUAUGUGGUACAACCGUUUAUAUGGCACCAGAACUUAUCAAAAAGGAGAAAUACGAUGGUUUCAAGGUUGAUGUUUGGUCAUUGGGUGUGAUUUUAUAUACAAUGCUUUAUGGACAAAUGCCAUUCGAUGAAGAUGAUGAAAAUAUGACAGGUUUUAAGAUCGUCAACACUGAACCCAUAUACAAAGAAGAUAUCCCACAAUCUGCUAUUGACCUUAUCAAAAGAAUGCUUAAUAAAACACCAAGUCAAAGACCAAGUACUCUAGAAAUUUUAAAUCAUCCGUUUUUGGAGAAUGAAGGUUUAUCAAAUUUAGAAUCAACGUUGUCUGUACUAAAAUUAAUGGCUAAUCAAAAGCAUUUCCAUUCCAAAAGUGAGAAACAUUUAUUGAAAAAACUUAAAAGCUUAGGUAUAGAUACAUAUGCCUUACAGAAAAGUGUUAUAAACAAGAAGGCCGAUUCAUUGUGUGGAUUAUGGGAAUUGCUUUUAGAAAAGGAAAAGAAAAAACAAGGCAAGAAGUAUAAAACAAGAAGUAGAUCUGUUUUGAGGAUAAGUGAAUCAACUUCGAGAAGAGUCAGUCAAUUUAUGGAUCCUGCUAUGUCACCGCCAUUAAGUAGAAUUGUUAGUGGCAUGAGUAACAAAUCACAUAUUUUCAAUGAUCGCCAGAGUAAUGGUCGUAAUGAUAAUGAAAUAUUUAACGAUUUCAGCAAUAACAACAACAACAAUAAUAAUAAUAAUAGCAAUAAUAACAAGAACAAUAAUCAUAAUAAUCAUAAUAACAAGCAAGAAUUUCAAGAUAACAAAUCUACAGGACAAAGUCUAAAUAAUGAAUCGAUUAACAGUCCUGGAAAGAAGAAGAAUGGAUUCAUACAAAAAUUCACUAAACUGUGGAAAAACAAAAAGCCUGAAAUUUCAACCAAUCAUUCAGAUUACCAAAAAACAUCAUUCGAUAGCAUGAACAAAGAGCAUAAAGGUAAUAGUAAUCACACAUCUCCUAUAAAAAACCAAGACACUCCAUCACAUCAAAAUAAUAGUAAAUUAACGAUCACAGCACCAUCAUUUAAAAGUUCUCCAAAUACAUUAACAAUCCAUGAGCCUAAAUCACCAACAAGAUCAUCCAAUUUCGAUUCUAGAGCGGGUCGUCCAAGACCAGUUUCAAUGAUUUCAACACAAUCUGUUGUUUCCAAUAUGACAAACUUUUCAGAUAUGAGUGUUGGUAGUUUUAAUACAACAAACUCUGAAAAUCUAACAAGACCACCAUUCACAAGGAAAAAAUCAUCAGAUACUUCAUUAUAUAGUAAAGGUGCUACUGCUAGAAGAUCAUUAAGUCUGAUCUCGAGCAAUUCAAGUGCAUCUGAUAGAAGUUCAAGAAAAGGUUCAUUAUAUGAUCAAUCAACAUCUUCAAGUUUCACAGCUAGAAACAAUAGAGGUAGAAAAUUUAAUGAAUCCGUUUUCCCUAAAACUUUUAAAAGAAGGAAAUCACCAUUAGGUAUACCACCAUCAAGUAAAUUCAAACGUUCAAAAGCCUUCAUUAUUGAAGAAGAAGAAGAUAGUGAAAAUAACGGUGAAGAUAACGUGGAUGUUGAUGAUGAUAAUAUGGAAGAUAUUGAAACUGAUUUAGAAAACUUGGGAAUUGGUGAAUCUACAAGACUUGCAUCGGAUUUUGAAAGUGAUGUCUCAGAAAGAGGAAGACAACUGUAA